CAUAGAUUUUGCUCUGACCACUGGCCGGAUAAAUGCCACACAAAACAGAGAACGGGCGAAGUCAUUUGACGCAGAAGCCCUUCUUAAACCCUUGUGCCCUCAGGGUUCCUAUCUUCUCUGUUUUCCCUCCUUUCUGCUGUCCGUCGGCCAUGGAAUCCGGUUGAAGAAAAAGAAGCUCCAACCAAUUAUCAGGCAAAGAAAGACAAAAGAGAGAUGCGCCGUCUUGCUCAUUCCAAUCGUUAUAAAAAACUAGCCUUCUUAUCUUCUUCUUCUUCUUCUUCUUCUUCCUCCUCCUCGGCCUCAACUGUUGCUUUUUCUGCCAUAUCUCGCAUGGGCUCCAAAUUCUCGCCCAAACCCGCCACAGCUUCCGUCCCUCUCUUCCAACCUCUUCCUUCUCCAUUUUCUUCCAGUACAAAUCUAUGCCGCGCCGGGAAGCGCUUGCUCCCAGUGCUAUGUUCGAAACCCACUUCUAGAAACAAUUCUCGCUCCCUCUACACCAAUGGGCAUGCGACUCUUCCGAUUCCCAAACCAGUUUCAGCUGAUUUGGCGGUGGGCGGGGGCUGGAAGAGCGACGCCUUGCGCCAUCAAUUGGCAGAGUGUGGAAUUGAAGUGGAUGACUUAUCCCCCGGUCAGCAUAGCGGCUUAUUGUGUCCAAAGUGCCAAGGUGGUGAUUCAGGAGAGAAGUCUUUCUCUAUUCUCAUAAACGCUGAAGGUGCUAGAGCAUCAUGGAUAUGUCAUAGGGCGAAAUGUGGAUGGACUGGGGGAACGAAACAGCAUGCUACCAGUUCGACCUCUAGAAACCCAGUCCAACAAGGUACUCGCAAAAAGCAAACAAGAGAAAUUACAGAGGAGAGUCUGCAGUUGGAACCAUUAUGCAGUGAGCUUGUUGGUUACUUCAAAGAACGGGACAUAUCUCGUGAAACUUUGGUGAGAAAUCGUGUUAUGCAGAAGGCUUAUGGCAAUCAGAUUGUUAUUGCUUUUACUUAUCGAAGAAAUGGGAGACUGGUAAGCUGCAAGUAUCGAGACAUUCACAAGAAAUUCUGGCAGGAAAAGGAUACCGAAAAGAUAUUCUAUGGGCUGGAUGACAUUAAGGGGGCUGAUGAUAUUAUCAUUGUUGAAGGUGAAAUGGACAAGCUUGCAAUGGAAGAGGCUGGAUUCCGGAAUUGUGUGAGUGUGCCUGAUGGGGCCCCUCCAUUGGUUUCGUCCAAGGAUUUGCCACCCGAAUCCCAGGACACGAAGUAUCAGUAUCUUUGGAAUUGCAAAGAUUAUUUGAAGCAGGCAUCUCGAAUCAUACUUGCUACUGAUGGAGACCCUCCUGGUCAAGCAUUGGCAGAAGAGCUUGCACGGCGUCUGGGAAGAGAAAGAUGCUGGCGAGUCAAAUGGCCAAGGAAAAAUGAAGAUAGUUAUUGCAAAGAUGCAAAUGAGGUGCUAAUGUAUUUGGGCCCUCAAGCAGUGAAGGAUGCAAUUGAUGAUGCUGAACUAUAUCCCAUUAAAGGAUUAUUCCUCUUCAGAGAUUUCUUUGAUGAAAUUGACUCAUAUUACCAUCAAACUCAAGGAUACCAUUUUGGUGUCUCAACAGGAUGGAGGUCUUUGGAUGGGCUGUACAGUGUUUUGCCAGGAGAGUUGACGAUAGUAAGCGGGGUUCCGAAUUCUGGCAAGAGUGAGUGGAUUGAUGCUCUCUUAUGCAACCUCAAUAAAAGUGCUGACUGGAAAUUUGCUCUUUGCUCUAUGGAGAACAAGGUUCGGGACCAUGCGAGGAAGCUGAUGGAGAAAUAUGUUAGAAAGCCAUUUUUCGAUGCUCCGUAUGGCGAAUCUGCGGAAAGAAUUGAUGUCAUGGAGUAUGAGCGUGGGAAGCAGUGGUUGAAUGAUACAUUCUACCUGAUAAGAUGCGAAGAUGAUGCACUUCCAAACAUAAGAUGGGUUCUUAGUCUGGCGAAAGCAGCAGUCCUUAGAUAUGGUGUCCGUGGGCUUGUAAUUGAUCCUUACAACGAACUUGAUCAUCAGCGGCCACCUAAUAUGACCGAAACAGAGUACGUGAGUCAGAUGCUGACUCUGGUAAAAAGAUUUGCUCAGCACCAUUCAUGUCAUGUGUGGUUCGUUGCACAUCCCAGACAGCUGCACAACUGGAUCGGAGGCCCCCCUAAUAUGUAUGAUAUAAGCGGGAGUGCACAUUUCAUAAACAAAUGUGAUAAUGGGAUCAUCAUUCAUCGCAACAGAAAUCCAGAGGCUGGGGACAUUGAUCAAGUCCAGAUUUGUGUUCGGAAGGUCCGAAACAAGGUCGUGGGAACCAUAGGCGACGCCUACUUGUCAUACAACAGGGUUACUGGUGAGUUCAGGGAUACCGAAACCCAUCACCGAAAAUGAUUGUGGGGGAAGGUGGAAAUGUGUGGAAAUCUUGGUCUUCCAUCCCAAUUUUCAGGGUUUGUGGAGGGUUGGAAGAGACCAGAGAGAAGACUGCAUUUCCCAAUAUGGAGAUGAUACGCUGGAUGAAACCAAACCUCUUCAUACUUGUAAUGUCGGGUUGGUAAUGUUUCUUCAUAUCAAAAUGUUAAUAUUGGAAGUGAAUUCAUUCACAUUAGAGUACAAACAUGUUAAUCUUAUCAUAUUAUACCUAGUCAGUUGGCCGGACAAUGGGUAUUCUGAUCAUAUUGUAUCGGUUGGUUAGGCGGUUAAAAUCACAUCCUAAUCGAACCAGUAUGGAGUACAGACAUUAUAAAGAAUUUUUGUUGACCAGUUUAUACGGCUAGGAUGACAGCCCGCUGUGAUAACAACCAAUAUGAUUAUAUAUUUUAUUUGAUACAAGUAUGCUAUUGGUGGAA